CUUUGAGGAUUUGCUGAGAAUACGGAUGCAUGAUUUCGUGUAGCCAAGGUACUAAGACGCCCAAGAAAAGCCUAUCCAUAGUAUGAUAGAUACAUAACUGCCCGUCGGAUCAUGGUCCGUCCCGAAACACACAUUCCAAGCCCGAUUGUGACUCAUAGAGAGGGUAUCCACCGCGCCUGAGCCGGCGCCCGUUAAAGUCCACCCAUGACUCCCAGAAGACCCAUCAUCAUGAGAACUUGCCGAUUCUGGUCUCCAGCUUGCCCGGCCGCGCCUCCUGUCUCAGUCGGCGCUACCGCUGUCGUGCUCGGACUGGAGGUGCCGGACGUCGUUGUAGUCGGACUACUCACUGAUCCUCCAGGUGAUGUCACCGGGGCACUACUUGAAGGGCUUGACACUGGCUCGUCCGAGAGAGAAAUAGGUAAAAUUGAUAGGAUAUCGGAUCUAGUCGAGGCCUCAGACAAGAAGCUCUCGAAUUCGGACCGAAGAGAGGAGAGCUCGGGUGGCAGAGUGGAAAAGAAGACCGGCCCUGGUCCAACGGGUAACCCAGAGGGAGUGGGAAUGGAUUGCUGGAUAGUUGUAUCAGAUCUCAGGGUUCAUCCUUUCCAAGUGUGGACCGAAUGGUAUAUAUUGAUCAACACUAGUGAGGCUGUGCGGACUUACUGUUCGGGCCAAUACUACGAAAGCAAGAGUGGCAAGAAUCCUCAGACUGAAGACAGUUCGGGGAUACAUCUUGUUCGGUUGGUUCAUUGUGGUGAUAUGUACGAUUUAUUGGUACGAAUAUAGAAAUGCUUCCAGGUUCCACGUAGUGAAGACUAAAGCUUAGUACAGAACGGGCUGUGAACGCGUGUUUACGCUUCCCUCUAUCAGGCAACAGUGAUUCAACGGAUGAGAGUCGUCAGGUGCACAGUUGCCAAGCUCAAAUGUUCCCACAAUGCAAUACGAUUUCGUACAGAAAGUCGUACUUACCUAUAGAAAAACAAAGUGUUAGUA